AAGACUCUUUUAAAAUCCUACCACCCAUUCAUUUCAAGCUUUUAACUUUUAUCCCAUUCAUGUCAAAUGCAUUACGAUUUCUUAAAAACCUCAGCUUUCCAUCCCUCUGCAGAUCUCCGCAUUCCGCCAUUUCCAAACCCAUAACCUCCAUGGAAGUAGAAGUCAAGCUCCGUUUACCAAACGCCGUUUCUCACCAACGCGUCUCCUCAAUUCUUUCACCUUACCACCUCAAAACCCACGCCCAAGAAAACAUCUUCUUCGACGGAGCCAAUUCCGAACUCUCCUCCAAACUCGCCGUCCUCCGCCUCCGCUUCUACGAUCUCGACGCCCAAUGCAUUGUUUCCCUCAAGGCUAAACCCGUCAUUUCAAACGGCGUAAGUCGUAUUGAAGAAGAUGAAGAACCUAUUGACCCUUCCAUUGGCCGCGCGUGUGUUUCGGACCCCUGGCGGCUUUUAUUGAUUGAUUCUUCGAGGGUGAUUCAAAGGGUGAGAGAUGAGUAUGGAAUUGGGGAAAAGGGUUUGGUUUGUUUGGGUGGGUUUAGGAAUGUGAGAGCGGUGUAUGAGUGGAAAGGAUUGAAAUUGGAGCUGGAUGAAACGCAUUAUGAAUUUGGAAUGAAUUAUGAGAUUGAAUGUGAGAGUUCGGAUCCGGAAAAAGCCAAGGAUUUGAUAGAGGAGCUUUUGAAGAGUCAUGGUAUUGAGUAUUCCUACUCUACUGUUUCUAAAUUUGCCAUUUUUCGCUCUGGAAAAUUGCCUCAGCGAUUUGUGCGGGCAUACCAUGCUAGAUAUAAUCAAAAAACGGCAGGCGAUUUGUGGAGGACAAGAUGUGAGAAACGAGACUUGGAUGGUCCAGACAUGUGAAGAGGAGAUGCACAGAUACACCGAUGGGGAGGUGUGAGAGGUUAGUUCUGGAGGGCCUAAGGAGAGGUAAAGGUAGGCCGAAGAAGUAUUGGGGAGAGUUGAUCAGGCAAGAUAUAGCGUUGCUCCAGCUCACGGAGGAUAUGACCAUGUGGAAGUUGAGAAUAAAGAUAAAAGAUUAGGAUAGGUCGCCUAGUGUUGUCCUUGUCUGUAAUAGUAGCUUUAGUACAUGAAUUAGCGUUAUUUAUGUAUUUUCGUAUUCCUUGACUUCUGUGAUUACUUGUCGUUGCUUUCGUUCCGACCUUCUGAUUACAA